AAAAUGUAACAGAAGCAAAUAAGAAGAGCGUAGAAAAACAACAAAGACGGACAAAAACAACGGUGAAAAUCGAAUUUCUAUCUCAAGCGACUCACAGUGUUUACUCUUUGUUAAUUUAUUGCGUUUUAAAUUGCGAAAAAGAGUAAAGAAAACAAACAAAAGUUUAAAUCAAUACGAAUCAAACGCGAAAAAGCAGUGAAAGUGUGUGUGGAAUAAGAAAUUUUUCGCAUUGAAAAAAACAGCUGUAACAGAUUUCUAAAAUGGCAGCAUAUCAAAUGAAUUUCAACCAGGAUUUUACCGUGUCAUGUCUUGCUGACUGCAUAUCAAAAGUGUGUCAAGGUUGCGGGUUCGAAUGCCAGCGCAACCAAAUCAAAAACUCACUUUCUGUGCUGAGCAGCGCGGGACUGCGUCUGUAUUCGAUUGCCGGCCAGGACAAGGUUGAGGAGAUCUUCGCCAAGGACAAUACAGAGCAAAUACGCAUUGUGGAGCGGCUCUUCAACAGUUCACUGGUGGUGCUGGUCACCUCACAGAAGCCCAACUGCCUGAAGAUGCUGCACUUUAAGAAGAAACAGGACAUCUGCAAUUGCUUCUAUCCCUCGGAGAUAUUGUGCGUGCGCAUGAAUCGGCAACGUUUGAUUGUCUGCCUGGCGGAGAGCAUACACAUACAUGACAUACGCGACAUGAAGAUCCUGCAUUCCAUUGAGAAUAUCGCACCCAAUGAGCUGGGUCUCUGUGCGCUCUCACUGAACUCCCAUCUGGCGUUCCCGAUCUGCCAGGCCAGCGGCGAGCUGCGCAUCUUCAAUGCCAAUAAGUUGCGCACUGGCAUGACGAUCAAGGCCCAUGACACGCCCCUCUCAGCGCUCACGUUCUCGCCCAGCGGCGCACUGCUGGCCACCGCCUCGGAGCGCGGCACUGUGAUACGCGUCUUCUGCGUGAAGAACGGCCAGCGGGUGCAGGAGUUCAGGCGCGGCGUGAAGCGCUGCGUGAGGAUCGCCUCGCUGGUCUUUGCGGCGGCCGGCGAUUAUCUGUGCGCCUCCUCCAACACGGAGACGGUCCAUGUCUUCAAGAUCGACAGCCGGGCUGUGGAAGUGGCGGAGCUGAAAGCAAUAGCUGAAGUUGCCGCCAAAUCAGAUAGCAAUGCCAAGGAGCAAGCAACAGCCACGACGACGACCAAGACGAGUUCCUCUUCUGCAGCGCCAGCAGCGAACACUGCCGGAUGCACUACUGAGGAGGCCGCUGAAGCAACGCCUGGCGGCAGCACAGCGGCCACCUGGGGCGGCAUGUUCACCAAGGCGAUGUCCUCGCUGCUUCUGCCCGCCCAGGUCAGCGACGUGCUGGCCCAGGAUCGCGCCUUCGCCACCGUGGUGUUGCCCCAGCCCGGCCUUAGGAACAUUUGCGCCCUGACCCGCGUACAAAAGGAGCUGCGCCUCCUGAUCGCCUGCGAGGAUGGAUUCCUCUACAUUCACGACUUCAAUGCGGAGCGCGGAGGCGUCUGCAAGCUGCUGGCCGUGCACGACUUGAGGGGUGCUCUCGAGGAUGUCAUCGAGCUGCAGCUGAGCGAGAGCGUGCUGAAGGCCCAAACCCCCAAGGCGCUCCCACAGCAAUCGCUGACCAUGCUCAAGAGCUGUGCGGCCAGCGUGCUGAUCGAGAAUCCCGAUCCCGUGGCGGACAACAGCUAUGCGGGCAUACUACGCGGCGAGCAGGCGGAUGCCAUGUCAGAUUCCGCCAAGUUUCGCAAGCUCUGCGAUGCCAUUGACACGCCCACAAAGCUGUACGACGAGCGCCAAUUUCCACCUGUGGCCCUAACAGCAAAGGAUUGACCACGGCGCGGCAGCGUACGGGAUAUUGUCUUUCUGGAUAAAGCACAGUGUGGUUGAAGAAGAAAAACUAUCUGCAUUUCCAACCCGUAAAAAAAAAAAAAAAAAAAAAGAAAUAUUGA